AAGGCCACACUUCAUGGGUGUGGAACAAUUGGGUGACCUUAAUUCCAUUGCUAGCUAUAAGGUUAAGGAGGGAAGUGAUGAGUGAACAAACAAGAAUCAAAGAUCACAGCUGGGUGCCACUUCUAGGUCAUAGCAGUCCACAACCUCUUGAGGAAUGGAGAGACUCUAUCCUUUGGCCAUCAAGUCUCUUAGGUCUGAUCUACCUAAUAGAUGGAGAUGAUUAUUGGAGGAAAAAAGGCCACACUUCAUGGGUGUGGAACAAUUGGGUGACCUUAAUUCCAUUGCUAGCUAUAAGGUUAAGGAGGGAAGUGAUGAGUGAACAAACAAGAAUCAAAGAUCACAGCUGGGUGCCACUUCUAGGUCAUAGCAGUCCACAACCUCUUGAGGAAUGGAGAGACUCUAUCCUU